AUGCUCAGUCUACUGGGACCGAGCCGCAAUCCUGCCCAAAUUCGCACUAUCUGUAUUUCGAUGACUGCUUUUGGGGAUAACCACAAAUACGAUCUGAAUGAUCCGAAGCAACUGGCACUUCAUAAGCUAUAUAGGCCAGAAAGAGUCACCCCAAACGAGAGAGGAUAUCAACUUCUCAGUACUCCUCGCCUAUCUAAGGGCAUGGCAUUCUCGUUAUAUGAACGCCAACACCUUGGAAUUCAUGGUCUUUUGCCGCCGGCCUUUAUGACACAGGAGCAGCAGGUCUAUCGUAUGAUGACAAGUAUCCGAGAACAACCGAACGACUUGGCAAAGUAUAUCGCCUUGAACGAGUUGCAGUGUCGUAAUGAAAAGUUAUUCUACCGAAUUUUGAGUGAAAAUGUCAAGGAAUUGAUGCCUAUUGUGUACACUCCUACAGUCGGCUUGGCUUGCCAGGAAUUUGGACAUAUUUAUCGGCAUCCACAAGGUCUCUAUAUAACGAUCAAUGACAACAGCAUUAGCAAAAUUUAUCAAAUUCUAUGCAAUUGGCCAAUAUCGACCGUACAGGCAAUAGUGGUCACUGAUGGUGAAAGAAUUCUCGGUCUUGGUGAUCUUGGUGCAUGCGGUAUGGGAAUCCCAGUCGGUAAACUAGGUCUCUAUGUCGCUUUGGGUGGAAUUCAACCGCAAUUUUGUCUGCCGGUUGUCAUAGAUGUUGGCACUAAUAAUAAGGUAACAUUUCCAAUUCUUUUU